UAAUAAUUAACUGAAUAAUGAAUUUUAAAUAUUAUAUUUUAUUAUUUUUAUCAUUGAAUGUAAUUCUAUCAGGUUUUUGUAAAGUAAAUUUACUUUACAAAAUGUACGUUACUAAUGUAUUAAAUCAUAUUCGAAAUGAAAAAACAUGGGAAUCUUUACAACACAUUUAUGUUAGGUAUACAGAAAUGGAAAAUGCAAAUGAUUUCAGGGAUUUUCAAAAACCAGUUGAAACAUCUUCAGCUGCAUCGACACUCAAAUUCAUGAUGUGCAUAUUGAAUUAUAGGUACGGCGAAAUACUUGAAAUGUUCAAUUUGAUUUUAAGCUAUGCUAUAAAUUAUUGUCAAUGGACUUUUGAAAGUCAACAAUAUGAUAAUUUUGUAAAAUGUACCCAGCAAUUGUACGAAGCAACAAAUAAUUCAAAAACAAUGUUUAAAUGCUUGUAUGAUGCUAUAGAGUUUAUGAGUAAUUUAGAUUUCAAACUUAUAGACAAUACAAUCAUCGGCCCAGAGUCUAUUGUCCAUAUUGUAAAAUAUUAUAAGGACUACAUAUUGGUUAUCCCAAAUACACUGGAAUUUAUGAACACUGAUCAAAAGUCAGACAUCUUUGCAGCAUAUAAUGUUUUUUUUUGCAUAAAAAAUUUUUAUGAAAUAUCUUCACAAAACAUGUAUAUCCUUCAUGGUAUUGUUAAUAAGUAUAGUGGUGUAUAUGAAAAUGAAAUACCAAACAAGUUAAGAAUAAUCUAUAGAAAUUCAAAUGAAAUUAAAGAAUUAUUACAACAUUGUAUUGUUAUGAGUAAUAUCUGUGACGAUCUUAACUCACUGUACAAAAAUGUUAUUGAAAAUGAAAUCAAGAACUACAGAUUUGAAGAAUUGUUGAGCCCUAAAUCAAUUGAAUUAACACCUCCAGAUAGUCUCAUUGAUUACCAAGAAGAUAUAAAAAUAUUAUUUAAUAACAUUUUGAACUAUGGAAAAGAAUAUAUGCAGCACAUAACUAUUGUUUUUAAUAAAUUAUUUAUUAAAUUUGAAGACAUUUUAGAAAAGAAAUUAUAUGAAAAAAGUAGUAUUGUACGUAUUUCUCAACUUAUACACUGUAGGUUUGCUGAAAUAUUUCAAAAUAAUCACAUAGCAUUAAUUGCUAUUAUUCGUAUAUGUAGUUAUGAAAAGAAAAGAUUUAAUAAAUCAAAGCUUAUGCAUUCUGUGAAAGUACUUUAUUACUUAGUUAUGGCAUCUUUAAACAUAUUUAAUAUUAUGGAAAACAUUAUGAAAGUACUAAGAAUAGGAUCAUCUCGACCAUAUGCAUCUAAAAUAAAAUGGAAAUUAGAGACUCACAUAAUGGAAUAUAGAAAUUAUUACUUAAAAGAACAAACAAAUAUUUUGGAUAAAAAAGAUAAUUUUUCUGAAAAAUUGGCACUUUUAUUUUUAAAAAAUGUGAUAAAUUUUAGUAUAAAAAAAAAUCAUAAUGAAUACAAUAUAUUAUUUAAUACAACUAAGAGAUAUUGUCAAAUAAAUUCUAGUUUUUUUCCAAGUACUGAGGUCAUGAUAGAACAUUAUUUGAAAUUACAGCCUUCGAAUAAAAAUGAACUGAGACAUAUUAUCCAACCAAUAGAAGAAUUUAUGAUAAAAUAUAAUGACAAUAUUAUCAACCAUGAGUUCAAAGUUCUUUAUAAUUCUUUUGAUUAUACAAUAUAAAAGAUCACAGAAUAAACCAUUUUG